GACUGAAAAAUUUUGCCGAUGUCGCUUGGUGAGAUUUCCGGUUGAAAAAUUCCCUCCUCACAUGAAGGAAAAUAUUUGCUAUUCUUGGAAACCAGUGAUUAUUCGGGUCAGUACAGUCCCAGCGAUGGAGAUAUAUAACAUUUAAUGAUACACACAUUUAUAUUUUGCAUUCUAAUAUAUCAAUUGAUUUUUUUUUAAAAUUGCCUCUACUAGAUUUCUAAUAAACAGUCCUUAAAAUAUCGUUGAAUGGUAUUUCAUGGUGAAAUGCUUAUUGGUUCCUGCCAAAAUUACAUUUUAUGAGCGUUAAGAGAGACUCAAUAUAAUCAGCAGUUUUCGAUUGGCUUGCAGUGUCUCACGAACUUUCUAUAAGCUUUUGAUAAGACUUACAAGAGAGUAUGUACCAAUAGACAGAAAUAGAUUUUUAGGCCAUGUUAGAUUCAUGCAUUUGUCGGAGAAAAAAAUAUUCACGCCCUGGGUCCUUGACAGCAUAAGGCACGAAUGUCAUGUCUCUUUCAAGUGCUAACCUUUUCUCCGCCCCUGACCCUCUGCAAAAGAAUCCCCGUAUAAUCCCCCCCCCCCCACACCAAUUCCCAAAAUUAAGUAAAGGGAAAAUCCAAGGUACCUUUUCAAAUGGACGUGUUAAUCGUGACACUGACGGCUCACCUGAAUUUCAUUAGUUAAGGGCGGCCAAUAUCCAAUCGGGAAUCAAAUGUCUUUACAUUUUUAACCUUAAAUGUACGUAGAUGAGCAAGGCUUACAAUGGAUCCUAUUCUAGAAAAAAAGGUUACUUUAAGAAGAUUAAAUACUAUACUUAAUCAAAUAAUUAUUAAAAAAACUUUUUUUAAAAUUACCUGAAUAAUUACUUUCUGUAAAACAAAGGCAACCAUAGAGAAAGCUCGCCAAAUACUUGUAUACCAAGAUGCUUCCAUUCGGUGGACGUCAGACAUCGUCAAAGUUUUAAACAGGACAAGAACGUUCGGUCUGCAGUAUCACAGAGACGACUUCUUUUCCAGAAUUUCAUUGCAUACAAUGAGAGAGGUUAGAAAACUAGGAUUUUUAAAUUUCAUAUUUGUAUUGUUUCUAUGUUUCACUGUUUGAGUUUUUAUUGUUCCCAUGUUUGAGGUUUGUUUGUUUAGCAAAUUCUUUUCGACAAUUAUUUAGAAGGCUACUAGAUAUCUGAAAUAUUUUAUAUAAAACUUAACUUAUAAAAGAUAACCAUUUAGGAGUCAAAACUUGAUUUGUUGUUUGAAUUUACUUUUUUAAAAAAACCUCCGAGAGUGUAACUUUUUAAGAUCUAGCAACUAGCCAUUUAACUGAGCUCUUUCUCUUCAAGAUGUUUGAUUAUUUCGGAGAGAGUCCGUGUGCAUUUUCUCCAUUCCCUGAAAUCGGAGCCAACAACGGCAUGUACAAGAACGAUCCGUUUGUCAUACACGCCGUCUUAGAACCGUGGGCC